AUGGAUCGACAGGCCAAAGUGACAAAAGCGCCCAAGGCGCAGCCCAGUAGAAAGGGCAAAAGAGCCUGGAGAAAAAACAUUGAUGUGGAUGAAAUCAACGAGACCUUGGACGCCAAAAGAGACAGAGAGAUUUUGCAUGGUGAAGACGAUAACGAUGAGUUCGUCAUUGAUACGAAGGCGUCUGUGGGCAAGAAGCUUGAGGCAAAGAAAUUGAAGAUGACUGAAAUCCUUACCAACAAAUCGAAGAUUGCGCCCAUAAGGUCGAGGUUAACGAAGAAGAAAGUGAGUGGCACCCGUGUGAAGGAGUUAAUGGCCUUGGCAGGGCACCUGCUCACAGAGAAGAAGUCAGAGAAACGGUUGGAGAAAGACGGCCUUGUGAAGGGUGACAAUGUGGAUGUGUGGGGCAAUGAAGAGGAGCCUCCUUUGCCUGACAUUUAUAGGAAAACAGCAUACCUUUCGGUGACCAAACCUACCAAGAGACCGAAGACGUUGGCCGAAUCAUCCAUUAAUCUUACGUUGCCAGAGCACAAGGGCACAGUCGAGAAGGAUGUGGUUGCAGGAAAGUCUUACAAUCCAUCCCUAGAGCUGUGGCAGGAGUUGAUCAAUAAGGAGUUCGAGUCUGAGAGUACUGUAGAAAUGCAGCGUCAGGCAAUGGCAGAGCACGAAAAAAGGAUUCAGUUUUUGAUUGAAAACAUGAAGGAUAAUGAGUUUGAGCUGGAUGACGACGACGAGGAAACUGUGAAGAAAGACGAAGAGGCAGAGAGUGUACCUGACGAGGAGAAGUACAAGCUUUCCAUCAAUGCGCCAGCAAAAUGGAAGAAGAAAACAAAAACAGAGAGAAACAGACUCGCUAGGCAUAAACAGAGAACCGAGCUAGAGGCCAAGCUUAAGGAAAUCAGACAACGCAUGAAGGAGCUCAGUCGUUUAGAGGAUAUUGAGAAGGAAGUACAAGAGAAAAAAGAAAAAACACAGCAGAAACACACCAAGGAGAAAAAGUACAAAAGACUCGGAAAGAACGAGGUGAUUUUCAAGCCUCUCGAGGUGAAACUCUCCGACGAGUUGACGGGCAACUUGAAGAACCUCAAGCCCGAGGGUAAUCUCUUCUAUGAGCAGAUGCACAAGCUACAGGCCACCGGAAAGGUGACCGCAACGGGUUUGAGAAAAAAGAGGAGGUAUGCUCCCAAGAUUGUGGAAAAACACAGCUACAGACAUUUCAAAUAG